AUGCCCGUUAUCAGCGGCCAGCUUCCUGCUCUGCAGAUGGGGGUCUGGUUUCUGGUUCUGUUGGGCCUGGGCUCUGCGCUGGUCUGUCCCGAUGGAGGCCCGUGUGGAGACGAGACCAGAGGCGGUGUGAAGGCCGUAAUGUGUCCAGAUCGGGAGUCCGAGUGUCCCGAUGACACCACCUGCUGCCAGCUUCCCGACGGCUCCUGGGGCUGCUGCCCCUUACCAAAGGCGGUUUGCUGUGAGGACAAACGUCACUGUUGCCCCGAGGGAACGACAUGCGACCUCGUCCACUCCAAGUGCGACUCCCCGGCGCUCCAGUCCUUCCCUCUGAUGGAGAAACUUCCUGCGAGAAGAACCGGGAGCGGAGCAGCCUCCGCUGCUGUUUCUGUGAUUUGUCCCGGUGGGACCAGCAGCUGUGCGGACGAGUCCACGUGCUGCCUGCUGAGGGACGGAGACUUCGGCUGCUGCCCGUACCCAGAGGCCACCUGCUGCAGCGAUCGUCUCCACUGUUGCCCCAGCAACUCGGUCUGUGACCUGGACCACGGAGUCUGCAGGUCUGCUGAGAACCAGACCCCCCUGAUGAAGAUCCCUGCUGCUUCCAGUGACGUCGUGUGUCCGGACCAGAAGUCUGCCUGUCCCGAUGAGACGACCUGCUGCCAAAUGUCCAACGGGACGUACGGCUGCUGUCCUCUGCCCAACGCCGUCUGCUGCUCGGACCACGUGCACUGCUGCCCCGCGCACACCAGGUGUGACCUGAUACACGAGGUCUGCUCGCACCAUCAGGGGGACGCUCCACCUCUCGUCAGGAUGCUGGCUCCUGUGACGGCAGCUCGGGUUCCUUCUGUUCCCUGCAACGACUCGGUGGCCUGCGCGGACGGGAACACCUGCUGCCAGUCUGCACAAGGAACGUGGGCCUGCUGUCCGCUACCAGAGGCUGUGUGCUGUGAGGACCACCUGCACUGCUGUCCUCAUGGGACCGUCUGUAACCUGGCAGCCUCCACAUGUGACGGUUCGUCGGGCGGCGCCGUCACGCCGCUGCACCCCAACACCCCCGUCUUCCCUCUGCAGCCUGAAGACACCAGGUGUGACGAGUCCACGUCCUGUCCCGGAAACUCCACCUGCUGCCCGGCGCCGAGCGGGGGCUGGGCCUGCUGUCCUCUCCCCCAGGCCGUCUGCUGUGACGACCGCCUCCACUGCUGCCCCCACGGCUCCGUCUGCAACCUGGAGGCUCAGACCUGUGAGGACCGGUCCAGGUCCUCGCUCCCCUGGUUCUCCAAAGUUCCCGCUCGGACCUCCGAGAGGUCCGUGUCCAGGACCUUGAGCGUCCCGUGGGUCCAGAAGGUUCCGGCCCUGCGUGCGGUUCCGGUUCAGUCCGACAGGAUCAUGUGCGACGCUCAGACCAGCUGCCCCCGAGGCACAACGUGCUGCUUCAUGGAGCAGCGCCGCAGGUGGGGCUGCUGCCCCCUUCCAGAUGCUGUGUGCUGUAAAGAUGGAGGCCACUGCUGCCCCAGAGGUCACACCUGUGACCCCCUCCGGUCCUCCUGCUCCAGGGCUCUCCAGGUCACGACCCGGUCCACCAACCGGACCGAGCCCGGCGCCGUGGCGGACGUUCGGUGUGACGACACGAGCAGCUGUGCGUCGGGGACCACCUGCUGUCGGUUACAGAGCGGAGGGUGGGGCUGCUGCCCCCUGGUGAAGGCGGUUUGCUGCGAGGACCACGAGCACUGCUGCCCUCAGGGCUACACCUGCAUCAUGAAGACCGGCACAUGUGAGAAGAAGGUCCAGGACACCCCCCCUCUGCAGGAGGUGGUCCGGUCCGAGGACGCCGCUGCGGUACCGUGCGACGGCUCCGGGCUGUUCCGCUGCUCCAGACGUGAAACGUGCUGCAGAACCUCAGACACAGAGUGGAGCUGCUGCCCUGCUCAGAAGGCUGUGUGCUGCGGCGACUCCAAACACUGCUGUCCUGCCGGGUUCUCCUGUGACCCGAAGACCGGAGGCUGCGUCCAGAAGAACCGGAUGACCCGGUUCACCUGGGACUCCUUGUGGAGGGACAGGGACGCAGGACUUUGAG